GCAUGAAUCAAACCACGAGCUGAGAGUUUUUACACAACAGAAGCAAGAAUUCUAUUGUCAGGAGAGUGACGUGCCACAAAAUUAUUUAUUGUAUUGUUUUUAUUUUAUCCCCAAGAAGCAUACCCAAAUCAUUUAGCCAAAAAGUAUCUCUCACAGGAAAUAGAAAGAUAUUCGGAAGAAAGCAACCUUGAGCACUACCCGGAGUAAGCUUGACUGAACAGCAAUGAGUGACCCAGAACCUGCAUCGUUUGAUUCUGUUGAACAAGAGAGAGACUACUGGAAGGAACAGGCUGACAAAUGCAAACAGAGGGCUGAGGAGGCACAGGAGGAGCUGCAGGAGUUUCAGCAGAUGAGUCGAGACUAUGAGGUGGAGCUGGAGACCGAGCUGAAGCAGUGUGACGCUCGCAACCGGGAACUCCUUACAGCCAACAACAGACUCCGCAUGGAGCUAGAAAACUACAAGGAGAAGUAUGAAACGCAGCACUCAGAGGCAGUCAGGCAGAUCUCGACGCUAGAAGGAGACCUAGCAGAGACCACAGCCAUCAAGGAUCAACUGCACAAGUAUAUCCGAGAGUUGGAGCAGUCCAAUGAUGAUCUGGAAAGAGCUAAGAGGGCAACUAUAAUGUCACUUGAAGACUUUGAGCAGAGAAUGAAUCACGUUAUAGAGAGAAAUGCCUUCCUUGAGAGCGAGCUUGAUGAGAAAGAGAAUCUUCUAGAAUCAGUGCAGAGGUUAAAAGAUGAAGCCAGAGAUUUGAGACAGGAGCUGGCUGUUCAGCAGAAACAGGAGCGCAAGCCAUCAAUCAGCUUGGCUAAAGAUGUGGAGAAGCCAGAAGCCACACCCGCAAGACCAUCCUCUGUUGUUAACUCCGCCCUCCCAUCACUCCUAGCCACGCCGUCCAGACCUCCAGGCUCAGGGAGUGCAUUCAACACCCCGGCAGCCUCCUACAGCAGAAUUGAAGGUCUGACUGGAACUCCUCUAACUACAUCUGCACGAAUAUCUGCCCUCAAUAUAGUUGGAGAGUUGUUAAGAAAAGUGGGGAAUCUUGAGUCAAAGCUGGCGUCCUGCAGAGAGCUACACAUCCCUGAGAAAACAUCAAACCGAGCAGUGAUAGGCCAGAGUUCACCAAGCAUUGCACGGGAAACACCAGAAAACCCAUCCAACACAAAUGGCUUGUAUGAUAAGGGUAUGGUGAAACGAUUGGACUUUGGAACAGGAUCCAAGAUAAUGCUGUGAACAGCGCAUCUUCUAGAAACGCACAAGCAUUCCCACAUCAUCAGGAAAACCAGUAUUCCUAAUUCAUUUAUUUUAAACAAUGCUUUAUUUUCAGAAACUGAAGCAAGUGUUAUGACCCAAGUCUUCCACUAUCUGAGAAGGGUCUGCUUUUACACUCAUACAAUAUCAAUCCUCCUGGUGUGCCUAUAUUAACUGUUGACGUGCUGUCUCUGGCCUGUGGACUUAAACUAUUACUUUUUGCAGAUGUACUAACUCUUUGUUUGUUUUUGUUCGUUUUUUAUUUUUGUUUUUAGGUUCUGCCGUUUUAUAGCCAUUUUGAAAUGCGUUAUCUGCACUGUAAUCUUAAUUAGCUCUUUUUUAGAACCAUAAAUUGGGAGAUUGUUGCAGGUGACUGAAAGUGAGUCCAUAGAUUUGCCUCUGCAACCCCAGUAUACCUGGCACUAAACUACUGAUCGAUGUCCAGUGAAUCGUCUACUGUACAUGCAUACUGUUGGACACAGGACUGGAGCAAUGUUGACAGCAGGCUCUUUUUUU